AUGGCUUAUUCCAUAGAUUAAUUUUUGGCUCUUUGUCAUUUGUUUUACAUGUUUUUUGCACAGGUAAUUUGUGUUCAUUAUAGAAAAUUAUAAAAUGCAGAUAUGCUAAAGUGGUCUUUAAAUUUCCUGAUCUUAUUCCACCGAUCAGAGAAAACCACUGAUUCCGUUCUGGUGUGAAUCCUUUCAGAUGUGCUAUGGUUGAAUAUUCUAUGUGUUGAAGGGUUGGUCUGAAGCCUCCAGUGCUAUUAGGAGGUGGUGGAACCCUCAGGAGGUGGGGCCUACUGGGAGGAACUUGGGUCACUGAGACAUGCCCUUGAAGGGGAUAUUGGUACCCCGAGUCACUUCCAUUUCUCUCUUUACUUCCUGGCUGCUGUGAGGCGAGCAGCCUCUUCCACCACACGCUCCCACUCAGGCGCACUGCUUCACCACUGGACCCAAAAGCAACCAUCAACUGACCAUGAACUGAAACCUCCCCAAACCUUUCCUCUCUGUUGAUUUAGCUCACGUAUUUGUUACAGUAACAGAAAGCUAACUGAACACAGUGUGUCAGUCCUUCCUUUUGUUUUAAUUAAGAGGCAGUUGCCUUGGUUAUUUGGCUAUUUUCUCUCUUGAAAUCUAAUUUGUCUUUUUAAUUAAAAAUUGCAUUACAGAAGUAUACCAUCACUUCAAGUAGAAUAACAGCCGUUAGGAAAAAAUGCCUUCUAAUUAUAUUUCUGUGCACAGGCUAGGGAUAUAGCUCAAUGGCAGAGCACUUGCCAAGGAUGAACAAGGACCUGGGUUCAAACCUCAGAACUUCAAAAAAUAGAUUAUGUUUCUGUGCAGUAAAAAUUGAUUUUAACCUGCUUUCUUUCAAAAUUGUGUUAGUACAGGCUGGGGUUGUGGCUCAGUGGUAGAGCGCUUGCUGAGCAUGCGUGAGGCACUGGGUUCGAUCCUAGCACCACACAAAAAUAAACAAAGGUAUUUACAACUAAAAAAAAUUUUAAUGUUUUUUUUUUUUAAAUUGUGUUAGUACACACAAAUAGUACAAGUACUGGGAAUAAAGUCUUCCCAAACAUGCAAAAACUGCAUAAUAAAAAUUAUGUAUCUAAAAGUAGAUUAGUCAACCAGGUACAGUGGCACACACCUGUAAUCCCAGCAGCGAGGCAGGAGGAUCACAAGCAAGUGAUUCCUUAGCAGUGCAGCAAGACCCUCAGCAACUUAGCAAGUCUCUGCCUGAAGAACUGGCAAUUUAGCUCAGUGGUAAAGCAUGCUUUGGUUCAGUCCUCGCUACCAAAGGUGGGGUGAGGAGAUUAUUCAAGAAACUUCAUUUUUAGUUAAUAUCUAAUUUCCAAGGGAUUAAAAAUUUCACCUUUUUUUUUUUGUUGUUCUGGGUGUCAAACCCAAGGGUGCUUUACCACCGAGCUACAUCCUUUUAGUUUUCAUUUUGAGACAGGGUCUCACUGAGUUGCUAGGGCUUCCCUAAAUUGCUGAGGCUGACCUUGAACUUGAGAACAUCCUGCCUCAACCUCCCAAGUAGCUGCGAUUACAGGUGUGCACCACUGUGCCUGGCUAGCACUUCCACUUCAAUGAAGCAAACAAAUUAUUUUUUUAGAUUAAAAAACUGAGGCACAAAAAAUGACUUGCUCUAGAUAAGGUAAUGCAUUCUUUAUUAGGUUUAGCUAUGAAAGAAAAUCCAAAAUAGUUGCUUGUAAAAUAAAAUUUAUUUCCCAUGCAAAAUUCCAGAGAGAAGUAGGUCAGGGUGAUAGGAUAACUUCAUAAAAUUAUCAGACUCCCAUAUCUUUCAUUUGUAAUCUCAGCACAAGUUGACUACUGGCCAGGCAUGGUGGUACACACCUGUAAUCUCAGUAACUCCUCACAAGUUCCAGGCCAGCCUCAGCAACUGUCUCAAUAAAAAGGGCUGGGGAUAUAGUUCAGUGGUAGAGCACCCCAGGGUUCAAUCCCCAAAACCAUAAAAAUAUAAAUAAUUUUAUUUAGCUAUAAAUCACAUACCAUGCAGUUCACCCAUUUAAAGUGUGGGAUCAUUGGUUUUUAGUAUAGCAUAUUGCAACAUUGUACAAACCAUCGCCUCAAUCUAAUUUCAGGAAAUGUUUAUCCUCUCCAAAAGAAACCUCAUAGCUACUCCCUGCUCCCAGUCCUAGGCAAGACAAAUCUACAUUCUAUGUGUUUGUCUAUUCUAGACAUUUCAAAGGGAAUCACAAUAGCUGGUCUUUUUUGACUGGCUUUUUUUUCACUUAGUAUAAUGUGUUCAAGAUUCACUUUGGUGUAGCAGGUAUCAACCCUUCAUUCCUUGUUAUUGCCCAGAAAUAAUCCAUUAUAUUUAUAUACCAUAUUUUAUGUAUCUACUCAUAACCUGAGGUCAUUUGGAGUUAUUUCCAGUUUGGGGCAAAUUUAUUUUACAUGUUGCAUAUGUGUGUAUACAUCUAUAUCUAUGUAUGUAUUAGAGGGGUGUGUGUGUAUUGCUGCUAAUUAACAUUUGUGUUCUAGUUUUUAUGUGAACAUGUUUCAUUUCUCUAGGGGUUAUACAGAGGAGUGGAAUUGAUAAAAACUCUGCUUAACAUUUUGAGGAACUGCCAGACUUUUCCAAGGGCUUCACUGUUUACCUUCCCACCAGCAGUGUUUGAAGAUUCUAGUUAUUCUAUAUUCUCCCCAGUACUUGUUGUCUGUCUUUUUUAUUAUAAAAGCCUUAGUGUAGCUUCUUUUUUUUAUUUCCCUAAUGAUAUGAGCAUCUUUUUAUGUGCUUAUUGUCUAUUUGUAUGUUUUUAAAUUGGAUUGCUUUCCUAAUGUUAUGAGCUAUGUAUAUAUCUCAGUACAAAUCCAUGAAAAUUUGCAAGUAUUUUCUCCCAUUCUUUUCAUUCAUUGGAAUUAUUUGCAGCACAUUUUUCAUUUUGAUAAAAUCCAGCUUGUGCUUGUGGUAUUCUAAGAAACGGUUGUUUACCCUAAUAUGGUGAAGAUUUGCUCCUAUUUUCUAAGAGUUUCAUCAUUGUAACCUCGUAUUAAGUUCUGGGGUACAUUUUCAGUUUUUGCACAUUGUGUAGCCCCUUCUGUGUUAAGGCCCUUUCAGGGAUGUUGUACACAUCAUUCUGCUUUGGUUCUCUGGCCCAGACUUGGUUACAGGGACAUAAUGAUCAUUGCAUGAGAGACUGGAAAAUGUGCAUUUCAGGCAUCCACUGUCAAAUCAGGUUGAAAACCUAUUCAGUCAUAAUCUUACUCUGAGCAAGUCGAUUCUGUUGCUUCUUGUUUGUUUAUUGUGACACUGGGGACUGAACCCAGGGGCACUCUAGCGCUGAGCUUCAACCCAGGCUUGCUUUUAACUGGUAUUACAAGCAUGCUCCCCUGCGAUGGCUUAUUGCUUCAUUUAAAAAAUAAACUAUUAUUAUAUGCUGGCUUUCACCCCUGGGGAUUCAGCUGAAGGGUUUCCCUCUGCAGAGUGCUCACUCCUUUGAGGAUCCACAACAUGGUCCCAAAGGACUUACGAGGCCUUAGCCUGGUGAAUUUGGUCCGUUGUGUUUCCUCUGAGAGAAAUGAAACCACGAAUUCUGGGGUUUCUGGCUUUCCCUGCGUGCUGCCUCUUGGGGCAGCUGCGUCUCUGAGGGCGCACACAACCAGCUCUCCCCGCCCCGGCCGCACCCACUGGGCCGAGGCCACCACUCCCGCCGAUGAUGACAUCCAGGACUACCACCGCAGUUGGAGCUGCUGCACGAUGGCAGCGCCCCCUGGAUCCCCAUCUGCCCAGGCUGCAGAGGCGCCGCUGUCCCAGCCCGGGGAGCAAACGGUGGAGAUGGGCUCGGUCAGCAGAACUGGUCGUCUCUCAUUCUGUACGAAGGUGUGCUAUGGCUUUGGUGGGAUCCCCAACCAGGUAGCUUCCAGCGCCAUAGCCUUUUACCUACAGCUGUUCCUGCUUGAUGUGGCACAGAUUCCUGCUGCCUACGUGUCACUUGUCCUGUUUGGAGGGAAGGUGUCUGGGGCAGCUGCCGACCCUGUAGCUGGAUUCUUCAUCAACAGAAGCAGGAGGAGAGGGUCUGGACGACUUAUGCCCUGGAUGCUCGGCUGCAUACCCUUCAUCGCCCUGGCCUACUUCUUCCUGUGGUUCCUGCCCCCCUUCACCAGCCUGCGUGGCCUCUGGUACACCACCUUCUACUGCCUGUUCCAGGCUAUGGCCACGUUCUUCCAGGUGCCCUACACAGCGCUCACUAUGCUCCUCACCCCCAGUCCCACGGAGCGGGAUUCUGCUACCGCAUACCGGAUGACCAUGGAGAUGGUGGGGACACUGAUGGGAGCCACUGUCCAUGGGUUCAUUGUGUCUGGUGCCCACCGGUCCAACCACUGUGUGGACACUGAGCUCCCAGUGCCUGCUGCUAUCUCCCCGGAUGCCACUCGUCUCUACUCCAUUGCAGCCGCUGUGGUGGUGGUGACUUACCACGUUUGCAGCGGUUUGCUCUGCCUAGGGGUGAAGGAGCAGCCAGGUAUGGAGGCGCUGCAAGGAAAUGGGAGGCCAGAACUGGAAGCAGGACUCCUCUUGGGGGUGGGUUUUGGUGUUGAAUCCUACCAAGCCAAGAUGUCACCUUCCUGUGUUGCAGAUCCUUCUGCCUCUGCUUCAGGCCAAGGCCUGGGCUUCCUGGCUGGGAUGGGCCUCACUGCCCGGCACCCACCCUAUCUGAAGCUAGUGGUCUCCUUCCUGUUCAUCUCAACUGCUGUUCAGGUGGAGCAGAGCUACCUGGUCCUGUUCUGUACUCAUGCCUCCCGGCUCCAAGACCACGUCCAAAACUUGGUGCUCAUCAUCCUGGUCUCAGCUGUGCUGAGCACCCCCUUGUGGGAGUGGGUUCUCCAGCGAUUUGGGAAGAGGACACCAGCCUUCGGGAUCUUUAUGAUGGUGCCUUUUGCAAUCUUACUGGCUGCUGUACCCACAGCACCUGUGGCAUAUGUUGUGGCCUUUGUCUCUGGUGUGAGCACUGCUGUGUCCUUGCUGCUACCAUGGUCCAUUCUGCCAGAUGUGGUGGAUGAUUUCCAGCUGCAGCACCGGCACGGCCCUGGCCUGGAGACCAUCUUCUAUGCAUCCUAUGUUUUCUUCACCAAACUUUCAGGCGCUGGCGCCCUGGGCAUCUCCACCCUCAGUCUGCAGUUUGCAGGAUAUAAGGCAGGAGCCUGCAAGCAGGCAGAGGAAGUAGUGGUCACCCUCAAAGUCCUCAUCGGUGCUGUGCCCACCUGCAUGAUCCUGGCUGGUCUGUGCAUCCUCAUGGUUGGCCCCACUCCCAAGGUGCCAAGUCAGGACACCUCCCUCCAGCUAAGCCUUCGGAGGAGGACCAGCUACAGCCUUGCUUAAAAUUUGAAGGACACACACCUGUAAUCCCAGCAACCCCAGGAGUCUUGAGGCAAGAAGAUCACAAGUUUGAUGCCAGUCUGAGCAACUCAGGAAGACCCUGUCUCAAAAUAAAAAAUUUUAAAAGGGCCAGGGGUAUAGCAAGUGGUAGAGCACCCCCGGGAUUCAAUCCCAGAACCAGAAAAGGAAGUGUGAGAGAACUUCCCAUGAGCUGGGACAGCAGGAACCUGUGUUUUAGAGGUCUUAAGUCCCUCUCCCGACUCAGCCCUUGAGCACCUACCUAGCAGUUGAGCCCACAACAUUUGCUGGUGUGUGGAGUCUUCAGUAAAUCUUCCCUGAGUCUCCCAAAGGGACUGAUCUGGGCUUCAAAAUCCCAACAUGGCAUCUCUCACCUGUCAACCAGACUCUCUCACAUAGGUCUGCACCUCUGACUACCCAGCCCCAGGCAGCCUUUGAUGUAAAAAGUAUCCUGAUAGCAACUAUUACUGGAAAAAAGAAGCCCUAUCCAGCCUGGCCUACAACUCUCUACGGUAAUACUAGGCCCAACCAAGCUGAUUAGAUGGCAAAAUUCCAACAGAAGGACAGACACACAGACUCUUUAGUUCUGAGGCUCCAGUGGACAUCUGAAGACACAGAAACUAGCCACUCUGGAGCCUGAGGCAGGAGGACCACAAGUUCAACACCAGCAACUUAGUGAGACCCUGCCUCAAAAAAUAAAAAAGAGGGCUGAGGAUGGAACUCAGUGGUAGAAUGCUCCUGGGUUUAAUCCCCAGUACCUCAAAAAAAAAAAAAAAAAAAAAUCCA